CUUUCGUUCUCCCUCUCUUGCGACUCGCGCUCUCUCUGUCUCCACUGUGCUCUGUUGCGGUCUCCAAUGGCGGACUCGGCCAAGAGAUUUGUGCUUCUUUUUCUGGUAGUGUCCUCCAUUUUUGGAGAAAUCACGUGCAUGCCUUCAUCCUGUUCUGGAAACGAUGACGCUUUUCCUUCGGACGGCCAUGGCUGUUAUGAUCCUCGAACCCAGGAGCUCGAAGAGCUCAGAUCCAGGGUUUCCGCUCUCGCAUCAAUCUUCAAAGAAAGAGAAGUAGAACUGCUCAGCAAGGAAGAAACAAUUCAAAGAAUGGAGACAACUAUUCGAGAAAAAUCAGACAAGAUUUCACAGUUGCAGAGUGAGAUAGACUUUAUUGAAUCGGCAAGUUCAGUGAAGCGAAAGGGCAAAGCAGAAGAACAGGUCUAUCAACUUGAGAAGCAGAUUUUCAAACUAAAGCGGGAAGCAGAGGCGCAAAACAAGAGAAGGCUCGAACUGGAAACCCGGACCGAGGUAGCAGAGAGAAGAGUUGUGGAACUCAACUCGAAGCUUGAAAAUCUUCUAAAGGUGAAUGUAGAACAGAAGCAAAGAAUUCACAAUACUGAAUUCUCCCUCAAGUCUGCAGAGGAGCGACUGUCAAAGGUGGAAUCUUUUGCUGUUUCAUCGUACAAGAAGUUUAUUGAGGUGAAUUGGGAGAAGCUCUCAGAUAAGUUUGAUUUUCAUUCGAGUCAAGCUCGGGCGUAUCUGAUGACCCGAUGGUCUGAGUAUCUCCGCCCAACUCUGUCUACAACAGUUCAAAAGGCGUCGAAGAAAAUGGAUGAAGUAAGGAAGUGGUCCGAGCCACACAUACAAACCCUCAACAACAAAUGGGUACCACACAUCAAAGAUAUGUGGCUAACAUGUGCCAUUUAUCUUGAACCGAAAAUUCAAUCACUAACCCAGAAGUCUGUCGAGGUAUAUCACAUGUCUAAGCAAGCUUUGUCGCCAUAUCUCGUCCAAGCAAUGGAUACGACGUAUGACUACUUUCAGGUAGCCAAGAGGCAUACACAACCAUACACAACCCGAGUUGUUACAGUUGCAAAGCCACAUUGGGACAAAGCCCAUGUUGCCUUUGAGCCCUAUGCCGAGAAAAUGAGACAUGCUUUCACAAAGUUGUUGAACUCAACCGCUGUCUACCAUCAGCAGGCUCAAGAAAUGCUGAAGAACAACGAGCUGACGAAACCGGUGGCCACUGUGGACUUGGCUUGGUUUGUGGCCACCGCUUUGCUCGGGUUACCUCUCAUAUUUGUCAUCAAAUUCCUUUCCGCCAUCUCAAAUACAAAGCCAAAGAGAAACAGCCAUAAACAUCACCAUGGGAGCAAUGGCCAUCGAAGAGCAAAGCGGCGUCAUCCUUACUAUUGAAACAUUCAAUAGAAAGAGUUUCUGUGCGUGCAUGCUUAUAAACAUGGUAAACAGGCAUGGGUUUUGGUAGAAGAAGAUGAUUAAAGCUUUGUGCCUUUGGUUUUUUCAGGGCAUGUCUAUGUGUUUUGUAAUGAGGUUCUUUUAGAGCAGACACCUUCAUGUCUCUGAUUUCAACUCUACAUCUCUAAUCUUCUCCUAUGGUAUGAUAAUAGAUCCGUUCCCUAAUCUUUAUGUGGUGAUUUUGUUGAA